UUAGUGAGAAAAAAAAAACCCUCAAAUUUUUCUUCUUUACACGACUGCAGCUCCGCCCAGCACACACCUCUAACCUACGCGGCAGCCGCUCCUUGCCAUCCUUCUCCGCCACCACUGCACUACGCCGCUGCCCCACGGCAACGUUUCUACUGAUCGGACUAAACACCCACCAUUCUCCUGAACCCCAAUCUUAGCUUUUUCUGGCGUCUACCUGAAAUAUAUUUAGUUCUUUCAAACUUCGCUGCAGUAGUUCUUGAAGACGUUAUAACCUAGCUAAAUGGAGAAGGAACUAGGGAAUGUGGUUACUGAAAGGAUUCUUCCUCCGACUGAACAGGAGGUAUCAAAUGAGAUAGAUGUGAAAGUUAAAAAAUAUAUGCGUGGAGAAGGUGCUAACCUAGAGGUUCUGAAAGAUAAAAAGUUGAAGGGUCAACUUUCUGCUAUAGAAGAUCUAUAUGGGAAAUCUGCUAAAGCUGCUGCAGAGGUCGAAAAGUGGCUUAUGCCAAGUGAGGGAGGCUACUUGGAGACUGAAGGAUUAGAGAAGACGUGGAGAAUCAAACAGGAAACAAUUUCUCACGAAGUAGAUAUCUUAAGUAGAAGGAAUCAACAUGAUAUUAUUUUACCAGCUCUAGGACCAUAUUCUAUUGACUAUACUUCAAACGGUAGAUAUAUGGCCAUUGCUGGACGUAAGGGUCACCUGGCCCUUGUAGACAUGAAGGAUCUCAAUUUAAUUAAAGAGUUUCAGGUUAAGGAGACUGUUCGUGAUGUUGUCUUUUUGCACAAUGAGCUGUUCUUUGCUGCUGCACAAAAAAAGUAUCCGUAUAUUUAUAAUCGGGAGGGCACAGAGCUUCACUGCCUCAAGGAGCACGGAUCAGUCAGGAGGCUUCAAUUUCUGAAAAAUCACUUCCUUUUGGUAUCCAUAAACAAGUUUGGACAGCUUCACUAUCAAGAUGUAACAACUGGUAGCAUGGUCGGUUCCUUCCGCACUGGACUAGGCCGUACUGAUGUGAUGCAGGUAAAUCCAUUCAAUGGAGUUAUAGCAACCGGUCAUUCAGGUGGUUCGGUGGCUAUGUGGAAACCUACGAGCUCUGCUCCUCUUGUAAAGAUGCUUUGUCAUCCAGGGCCUGUAUCAGCGCUAGCGUUCCAUCCAAAUGGCCAUCUCAUGGCUACAUCUGGCGCCGAGAGGAAAAUUAAGCUCUGGGACUUGAGGAAGUUUGAGGUCCUUCAGACUCUUCCUGGGCAUGCUAAGACCUUAGAUUUCAGUCAGAAAGGGUUACUUGCUUAUGGAACUGGGUCAUUUGUACAGAUACUAGGUGAUUUCUCUGGAGCUCAGAAUUACAAUAGGUAUAUGGCUCACUCAAUGGCGAAAGGUUACCAAAUAGGAAAGAUUUUGUUUCGACCUUAUGAAGAUGUUUUAGGUAUAGGCCACUCAAUGGGUUGGUCGAGUAUCCUCAUUCCAGGAUCUGGUGAACCCAACUUCGAUACUUGGGUAGCUAACCCAUUUGAAACAUCAAAACAACGAAGAGAAAAGGAGGUUCGGUCUCUCCUCGAUAAGCUUCCUCCUGAGACAAUUUCACUCAACCCCACGAAAAUUGGUACCCUCAUGGCAGUAAAGAAGAAGGAGAAAAAGACAAAGAAAGAAAGAGAUGCUGAAGAGGAGGCUGCAGUUGAUGCUGCAAAGGGCAUUACCAUGAAGAAGAAAACCAAGGGAAGGAAUAAGCCAACCAAGAGAGAAAAGAAGAAACAUGAAAUUAUUGAGAAGGCCAAACGGCCUUUCCUUCAUGAACAGAUAAAGGAAGAAGAAUUGUCUCGAAAGAAGUCGAGGUUGAGCGAGGAAGUCGAACUUCCCAAGUCUUUGCAGAGGUUUGCUCGUAAGAAAACUGCGACAUGAUUGUAACUUUUAGUCAUGUUACAUUAUUCAUAAUUUUGUAGUCUAUUAGAUUAAUCAUUCAGCAUUCUUCAUAAAUUUUGUUUAAUAUUGUUUGUUUUCAUCGAGAAAGGAAAGGAAAAUGUGGCCAAGAUUAUGAUUUCCUUCUUCCAACAUGCUUCAGGUAUGUACUUAGUAGUGUUUGCUUGCUUCAAACACGAACACAUGCAUGCACAUUGAUUUAGUGGUGCAUUUGUGGUCGGAUUUUUUUA